UGUGCGGUGGUCGGUCGGAUCGUAUGAUUAUGAUGAUGAUCUUUUGAAACAUCAAGGAGUUUCCACGCUCUGAGUUCAUGCGAUUUAGGGCUGCGUUUUCUCAGGAUUUCUUUACAUGUUUACUCUAAAAAUUUGCCUCAAAGUACAUCUGGAAAGCUCCGUGCAUUGGUAGUAGCACAAACUCUUGCCGUAGGUCUAUAAAAUUAGCAGAGAAGGCAGACAUACCUAAUACGAUGGCUGAAACGAUGGUAUACAAAGGCACCAAGCCAGAAGACCGCUUCACGUUUGAAGAGAACUUUGACAUUGACUGGUGGCUGGCGUGGACAACCCAGUAUAAACUCUGGAGCAUCCCAAUCUCUGCUCUCUACAUCUUACUAGUCUUCUCUGGUCGUCGAUGGAUGGAGAACCGCCCCGCCUAUCGUCUUAAGGGGCUCCUUAUCCUAUGGAAUGUGCUCCUGGGUGGGUUUAGCAUCUUCGGGGCGUGGCGGACUGUUCCUGUCCUGACGAAGGGCGUGAUGGAAAACGGCUGGCGGUCAUCGGUGUGUAAUGGAUAUUACUACCACAAAGAUUUUGUGGGUAUUUGGGGUCUCUUGUUCACCUUGUCCAAAGUCCCUGAGCUUGGCGAUACCUUUUUUAUCGUCGUCCGCAAGCAGAAGUUGAUGUUGCUUCACUGGUACCAUCACGCAACCGUCCCUCUCUUCGUCUUCGCUGUCUACAGCGACCGUGCCGCCCCCGGGAUGUGGUUCACCGCCAUGAAUUACGUCGUGCAUGGCUUGAUGUAUCCAUAUUUCGGUCUGCGAGCAGCUGGCUUCAAGCUACCCCGCGUUGCGGCAAUGUCGAUAACAUCGUUGCAGAUUGUCCAGAUGAUUAUGGGGACUGUUGUCGUGGUCUACGCAGCCAUCAUGCAUUACGUUGGGGUGCCGUGUGAAAUCGAUUCCGGUGUCUUGGUCUUAUCCGUCAGCCUGUACUUCAGCUAUCUCAUUCUGUUCGCUCAGUUUUUCCACAAGGCUUAUUUUGGCGCUAAACCCGCUGGCGCUAAACCGGUUAAGUCGGAUAUUAGUAAUGGUAACGUUUUAAGUAAUGGAGGUAAAAGUCAACAAGUUAACACGAACACAGAUAAUGGAGUUCAUCGAAGAAAAUAGAAUCAAACUGAAAAAAAAUAAUUUGUUUUGUAUGCACAGUUUUUCCCUUUUGCUUAUUUUUUGCACUAAUUCCACGGCACUAAGCUGGAUAAGGCCGAUCAUAUUAUAUUGGCAAUGCUUUUAGUAAUGGAGUACACAGUCUUAGAAGAAAUCAGAUUGAGGUUUGUUUGCACAGUUUAAACUCCGCAUAAACUCCGCAUAUGCAUAAAAUAACACACGUUGGUUGUCAAAGUUGCGAGAUAAUAAUAAAUAAAACUUGUCAAACGAAGUGG